CUUAAUAAAAGACAGGCCAUGGCACUGCAGUGCGCUGCCACUGUCAGCAGCGCGUUGAUUAUUUCUUUGGCCUGAAUACCGGUAUCUCAGCUGACGGUGCAGUGCCGGAGCUAUUGAUCGCGGGCGGAUUACUACGCCUACUAACAGCGCUUCUUGCUGUUGCGCUGAACUACCGUCGCUGUAUGCUGUUAGGCCGAGGACGGCACGUUGCAAGAAAUCGGGAAAAAUCGUGCCCAUCCAGGAGAUUUUGUUUGCAAAUGCGCCGGUCAAGCGCAAGAUACAGGAGGAGGACGCGAUGCGGAGGCGAGCUGGGUGUUGGGAGUGCUACUCACCCCGCUCCACGAACGGCGAUCUGGUGAAGCUGACGCUGUUGGUCGGUCUGCUGACUUUCUCUUUCUCCGCCUAUUUUAUCCUCGGCGGUCCUGGGCUGGACCGGUUGUUGCCGCGGGAGCGGAUCUUCCUUAAAACUGUUUGCCCCGAUGCAUUUUUGCAAAUAAAAUCGGAGGAGCUGGAGAUAAAACUGCCUGAUCACCGUCUCCAGGCCAUUCGCCCGCCACUUGACGAGCCGACGACAGCUGCGGCCAGGAAACCGGUUGGCCACUGCUCCCCGCACCACAACAUCGUCUUCCUCAAAGUGCACAAAUGCGCCAGCAGCGCCUUCCAGAACAUCCUCCUGCGCUUCGGCGAGUCCAAUAAUCUGACGCUGGUUUUACCACCGAAAGACAACUACCUAGGACAUCGGGAGAAGUUCGCUCCCGAGCUGGCCAUACCCCUCCCAUCCGCCCUGGGCAGCCAGUAUAAUUUAUUAUGUCACCAUACACGAUUUCACCGCGAGAAUAUCGAAAGCAUUAUGCCUAAUGACACGGUGUACGUGACGAGUUUGAAAGAGCCGGCCGCCAUGUUCGAGUCGGCCUAUGAUUUUUUCGGACUGGUCAAGGGUAUGGCGUUAACCUCACCGAUUUCAUCCAACGGCCGGAAUAUUAUUACAACAACCAGACUGUUGAUUCGCUCGCGGUUUGCCCGCAAUCCGAUGAUGUUCGAUUUCGGUCUGGAGAUGGAAGACUUCCAAGAUCAGUCCAAGAUCGAAGAGAAAAUCGCCGAGCUAAAUGAUCGCUUCUCCCUGGUGAUGAUCACAGAAGAAAUGGACGAGUCGCUGGUCAUGCUACGGGACCUUCUCUGCUGGAGCUGGAACGAUGUAGUGACCUUUCGCGUAAACAAACGCCGCGACUCUCGCGUCGUUCCCUUAACCCGCACGAUGAAGAAGAAAAUCCGCGCCUGGAACAACGCCGACGACCAGCUGUACCGGCAUUUUACGCGAUCUUCCAGCGGAAGAAAAAAGAGUACGGACUGCAGCGUUUACAGGAAGAUGUGGCCAAACUGCGGCAGAUGAGCGAGUUAUGGCGCGGCCGCUGUGAGGAGAUCGCCGGGCAAGAGCUCAACGCAACGGAUCCCGUCGCGACAAUUUUUGAUGAAGAAUAUCUGCAUGAAAUCAGUUACGAGCAGCACAGGCGACAAAUUUACGACAAAUGCUCGCGGUUGCAAAUGCGAGAGUUGACCUUUACCGGGAUGAUGCGCGACCGCCUGUGGCCGGCGGAUAAGCUGUGGUAUGCGCCACCGGCCGAUGUUAUCACUCCCGAAGGACAGCAGCGUUGAAAAGCAGCGUACCGGAAAUGAAAGGGCCUCUUGCACGGAAAAUACCCAAAGAUAUUUUCCGCGUCAUCGACUGUCACACUGCGUAACACCUAUCGGUUGUCAUAAGGCCCUAAUGAAGUGCACAGUGUUAUUUAAGAUUGCACAGUGUUAUUUAUUCAAGAGGGUUGUAAUGCUUGUCAGUUAUAUCAUAACAAGUUGUUUAUACACUUGUUAUGAUGGCGUGUAAUCGCUACCUGUCCUGCCAUGCAGAUGAUAUGUCACACGUGGAUCUCGUUGAACUUGCGACAGUUAACUUGGUAAUAAUUAUUAUGCAUACUCUUUGCAUGAGAUUAAAAAUCGUUUUGUUAUGCUGGUAAUAUUUUCUCGGUUGUCACUUUACGUAUUAAAAGCGGUUGUAAA